AUGUAUACAAGUUUGAAACCAACUGAAGAGAGAGAGAGAGAAUACAUUGAAACAAGGACAGAUGGUGUGGCACAUGAAGACUUUAUUUUAAACUUUCUCUCCAUUGUUGUUUCCUUUUCUUCCCGUCUUUAUUUUCUCUUUCUCUACUGCUUUAGUGAUCUAGACAAAGACUUUUGGAAUAACAAUGACAGCACUGUGCACCAGAAAUGGAGUUCCUACCCUCCAAAGGAGUUCAUUCUAAACAUUUCGCCUUACGCCCCGUAUGGUGACCCAAGAUUGUCCCUCAAUGGCUCGCUCGUGUCUGGUAACAAGGCAGCAGUGCUUGCCUCUUCAGCACAGGGCGAUAGGGAUAUACGCUCCACUGGGAAUGAGACCCGCAGUGACAGCAUGAGGAGCAGCGGAUCUGCACAGAUCAAUCGCAGCGAGGCCAUCAACGGGAAGCUGGGGAAGGCCGGGCGCUGGCAAACCGUGCAGAGCCACCUAGCAGCAGGGAAACUGAGUCGAGCCAAUUUCGAUGAAUCACUGAUGUCCACAGCCUCCACACUGGAGCAAAUCUCAGCACUACCAAGUGAUCCAAUCAAAUGCCAAAGGCCGCGCACCCUACUGCGGCAACAAAGUCUUCAGCAGCCAUUGAUUCAGCAUCAGAAACCCAUGCACUCUCAACCCACCACCAGCCAGAGUCUUGGACAGUUGCAGCUUCAUCCACAUUCCCAAGCUUCCUCGACAACAAGCAGUAACGCAAGGCCAUACCGGAGUGGGCAAACACGUCAGGGAGGGCUAGCUGGCUCAAAGUGUCGACCUGCUGGGGGACGUAGUCGAUCCAACCCUGGUAGUUGGGAUCAUGUAGUGAAUCAAAUCCGAAACAGAGGGCUGGACAUGAAAUCUUUUCUAGAAGGGCGGAUGGUGGUCUUGUCUCUAGUCCUGGGAAUUUCAGAGCAGGAUGACUUUGCCAAUAUUCCUGAUCUGCAGAACUCUGGCAACCAGCAGAACCAGAACACACAGGGAGAAAAAAGGAUGCCAACAGGAUCUAAACCAGUGAACACAACACCAGUACAAGGGCAGCCACCACAAGAUGACUCAGACCGUCGAACCGAUACCAGAUCAUCUGUCUCAGAUAUUGUCAAUUCACUUACAAGUGAAAUGUUAAUGCUAUCACCAGGUUCAGAAGAUGAAGACGGCCAUGAAGGCUCCAGUCGAGAGAACCUGGGACGAAUUCAGUUCAGUGUUGGGUACAAUUUCCAGGAAUCUACACUCACUGUUAAGAUACUGAAGGCCCAGGAACUGCCAGCCAAAGAUUUUAGUGGGACAAGUGACCCAUUUGUGAAGAUAUAUUUACUGCCAGACAAAAAACAUAAAUUAGAGACAAAGGUGAAGAGAAAAAAUCUCAAUCCCCACUGGAAUGAAACAUUUCUUUUUGAAGGUUUCCCAUAUGAUAAGGUGGUACAGCGAGUGUUAUAUCUUCAAGUGCUUGAUUAUGACCGAUUCAGUCGGAAUGACCCCAUUGGGGAAGUGUCUUUGUCACUCAACAAGAUAGACUUGACACAGAUGCAGACCUUCUGGAAGGAGUUAAAACCCUGCAGUGAUGGAAGUGCUGGUCGAGGAGAUCUACUGCUGUCUCUGUGUUACAACCCCAGUGCCAACACAAUCACUGUGAAUAUUAUCAAAGCAAGGAAUCUUAAAGCCAUGGAUAUUGGAGGAACAUCAGACCCCUAUGUGAAGGUGUGGCUAAUGCACAAGGAUAAGCGAGUCGAGAAGAAGAAGACUGUGGUGAUGAAGAGGUGUUUAAACCCUGUCUUCAAUGAGUCAUUUGUAUUUGACAUUCCCACAGAGAAGCUGCGAGAGACCACCAUUAUUAUAACUGUGAUGGACAAGGACAAGCUGAGCAGGAAUGAUGUCAUCGGAAAGAUUUACUUGUCAUGGAAGAGUGGACCUGGUGAAGUAAAACAUUGGAAGGACAUGAUUGCUCGACCCAGACAAACUGUUGCUCAAUGGCAUCAGCUGAAGGCUUGAGAUCAUCACCAAAUAUCAAGUUUAGAAGUAAAAUUGUCUUGGUUGAAUUCCAAUAAAAUAUCAGCUGAGCUCUGACUUUAUGCACAAUAGAAGCACUUGAACUCCUCCAGUAGAAUUUUUGAGGCUCACGGGUAUGAAUACAAUAACUCAAUCUUACUGAACUCUGGGAAUCUGGUGCCAUUCCUAUGAAUGGUUCCAGUAAUACCCGCUGCACUUUGCCAUCAGAAGUUGUAUCUCUGAGGGGGUCUUAGCUGAGAGGUGCUUCAACUUCCAAUAAUCUUUCUUUUUUUUUUUUAGAAAAAAAGGAGAAGCUAAACAAGUGGCACAAAUUGUCUUUGUCUGAGGAGUCUGAGGCCAUUUAUCUCCAUGCAGUAAAAAAUCAUAACAUGAAACAUUUAAGUCACCACAGUUUGGGGAAAGUAGCUCUUCCAGGAAAAGAAAGUAAGAGAGACAGGAAUUGUGUCCAUUUGAACCAUGCUGUCAGAAGACAAUACAUCAGUAGUUUCUUUAUUCUCUCGUGCAGACGUAGAGGUUAGAUGAUCUAGGAAAAUUAAUCAAGUCGCUUAAUAUUCAUGCUGUGUUAGCAGUCAAAAAGGGGGGUAGAGACGGUAAAAAAGUGAACUGUGUCUGUCCAAGUGUGUGUGAGCACAUAUGUGUGUAUAUGUGUGCGUGUAUUUGCAGAUUCAUGUGUUUUCUAUGUUUCAUUAGGCAUGUUUGCAGACAUGCUUGGUUAUCCUUCCGAAACAGACUCCCUUGAUGGGAGCAACGGAAUUGUAUCUGCACUUUUUCUAUGUGUUCCAAAUGCACAAACAACUUGCUUUUAUUAAUUAUAAAAAUGGAGGGAAUCAUUUUGCAAGAGGCCUGUCUCUGGGUUCAUGGCAUCUCUGCUGCUGUUAGGUUUAUGCUGAUUUUAUAAGAGGAAAUACUCAUGAAAAAAAAUCAUGCUCUGUACUAUUGUAAAUGUGUGGUCAGUCUCAGGAUUGAUAAUAUAGCAGAUUAUAGCAGAUACAACAGUUCCCUAAUUAAAAGUAAGACAUAUUUUCUGACAUUUAAAUGCUAUUACAAGAGGCUAUGAGCAAUAUCUGUCAAUAUAUCUGAUGACAUAACUUAGAUUUCUAAAAAUUCUACCACUUUCAUUUGUUUUUGUUUGAAUCCUAAAAAUUCAGAUGUCAUGAAUAACCACAGUACAUGUCCUGAUAAUUUUAUUAGGCUGAAACAUUUGCUAUAACCCUGAACUACACAGUUUGCCAAGUUUCUCUACUUAUUUAUGAAGGGCUUUUGUAAUAUGCUAUUUUAUGCUAUGAUACUUCUAACACUGGUUUUCAUAUUCAAGUGGAAGUAAGCAAACAGAGAUGUCUUUAUAGCACGUACAGAUAAAUUUAGGGGACUGCAAUAUGUUUUCUGCGUCUGGACUUCUGCACUGGGUUGUUGCUUUAUUUUUCAGCUGGAAUUGCUAACACAACUUCACAAAACCUAAUAAUUCCAGCAUUGAAAUCUACAAAACCAAAGAAAAAUGCGGUGACACUCUUUUCUUCAUUAAGGUUACUAAAAAAAAGUGAACCGAGCAAUAAAACAAGCUUUUAUUUAUAAUUUCUUUACUCAUCAAUGUGGUGUGCAUGGAUUUGUUUUGAGAGAACUUCAGGGAAGUAAAUUUUGAACAGCAACCUUUAGUAAUUUUACAAGUCCUAGCAUACAAGCCUAUCGCUCUUGCAUAGCUAGGAAAAACAAUAUGACUCUGAUAUAUGACUCUGUUCAUAAAGUGGAUAGUAAUAUCAAUAGUCUGUAUUUGGCAGUAUUGUACUAUGGCUUAGGUUUCUGGUUUGCAAAUAAGUUUUAUUCUAAAAUCCUGAUUUUUUUCCCUGUGUUUCUAGCUGAAAAGUGUUAGACUUAAAAUAAGUGACAUAAGUGACAGCACUCAUAAGAUAUUCUUCCUUUAUAUUUAAUUUUAUUAGGUGAUUAACAAAUAAAUACAUGUAAAAUAUUCUACUCACAAGAAUUGUAUUUGUGAAAAUGAAAACAAUGCUACAUGGCAUAUUCAUGUAAAUGAUAGAAAGUGAAGCCUUUUUACUAUUUGUAACAGUUUCACUCUGGUUUUGAAAAUGGAUCUUUUUAUGUUUACAUUUAGUCUGAGACAGAUUAUAAUCACAUCUCU